AUGUCCGAUCCAGCCGAUGAUUUCCAACAACACUUACCAUCCCAUUCUUCAUCAGAAAUAGUGGGACAGGAACGAUUAAUAGAGGAAGAAUUUGAACAACGACAAUUUGCUUUUGAGGAAGAAGAUGAUUUUAAACAAGCAUCAUCAUCAUCAUCGACGACUCAUCAUCACGGAUCAACACAAAACAUGAUGGAACCAAAUUCACCUCUUGAAGAAGUGGUCAUUGAUAAUGUACAACAAGUGGAUGAAAGUGAGGAAUAUCUUGAUGAAGGUAGGAAGAGAGUAGCAGUUGAAAACAACAACCAUUCAAUGAGCAACAAUAACAAUGCGAGCUCAACACCAUCAACACCUUCUCGAAUUUCCACGACAACAACACCACCUGUGCUUCAUCAUGGAGCUGCUACAACUACGGGCACUCCAAAAGUAACAACAUCAUCUCCAGUAGGAGUAACUGUACCACCAAGGAACUCUUUGGAUAUGAACCAAGAUGUCAGUCAUCAAACAGGAGUGGGAAGUCCAAGCAACAACAAGCCCAUACAUACAUUCAAGAAUCAAGAGAAUGGAAUUUUGGAUUUAACACCGAUCAAUUUGGUGAAAUCAACAGCAAACAACAGCAGUGGCAGCACCAUGACUCCACCAGGAACCAGUAUGGCCUCUCCUGUCAUGAUUGGUAAUGCUAUGGCACAAAUGGAGCAACAACAAUCAACUCUCUCCACAUCUCCAAAACCAAUACAAAUACAAACACAGGUCAGAAAAGAUUCUUCUCCAACACAACAUACAGUCCAUGCCACUCCAGGAUCCCCUCAAUCCAAGAGAAAUAGUUUUGUUUUUACACCAGCAAAGGUGUCCACUUCUUCGUCCUCAUCGGCAACUUCUCAGACCUCUCUAUUGGCAAAUUCUAUCGGAUCAGCAAUUUCUUCAAUUGUCUCAAUAACUUCCACAUUAUCUGCUUCACUUUCUAGCUCGUCUUCAUCACACACUCCUUCGGCAAAUUCUACACCCUCAGAUGCACAUCCUAAAUCUGCCAACUCUUCGCACCAACAACACGUCCCUACCAUUAAUGAUUUUUGCGAGGUCCACAAAGAUCAACGCCUCAAUACAUGGUGUCACACGUGUGGUGAUGAAUUGGUUUGUGCCUUAUGCGCCAUUUCGAGACACAAAGGUCACGACUAUGACUUGGUAGAGGAAGUAUUUGAAAAAGAAAAACAAGGACUAAAAGAUCAAAUUGUGCAAAUGCAACAAAAUAUUUCAGAAAAGAUGGAAAAAUUGGCUCGAGAUAAAAAUUUAAUGGCUCAAACUCAUGAAGAAGGCGUGAAAGAAAUUAAUGAUAAUUUUGAUAAACUUGAAAAAAUUAUUGAACAAAAGAGGAAAGAAGUACUAGAGAAGUGGAGAGUGUGUUGUGAGGAAGAAAUAUCUGAAAAGAUACUGACCAGUGGAAUGCAACAAUUAUCUCAAAUCAAAUUUUUAACGGAUGGCUUUUUAGAAAAUCUGAGCAAGAUGGAAAUUUCUGAAUUCAUUCAAUCCAAGACACGAAAGAGUUUAUUGAUACAAGUUGUGAUUCAACAAUUUCAGGAAAAUCUAAGAAAAAUUGAUAGAAGCUAUCUCUCUGAUACGUUGAACGUUGGAGUUUCAUUUGAGUCCAUGAAAGAAGUUAGCGAAAUACUGAACACCAAAUUCGGAGUAAUUGGGCCAAAGGUUUCAAGCAAUGCCUCUACUCCCAACAUUAGUAGCAAUCAUGUAUCUUCGUCCACUUCUUUGCCUUCCUCGGCGUCUUCUACUCCUACCACGGGAAGUAGCUCUUCAUUGGUUCAGAGUCCGAAUACCCCAGUUGCUAUCGAGAAGUGUAAAAUUGAAGGAAAGUUUGUUUGCAAAUUUGGAGGCAAAGGUUCUGAAGAUGGCCAAUUUUCAAGCCCAACAGAUCUGGUUGUUGAUCCAAACGAUAACAUUAUCGUUUGUGACAAUGAAAAUAAUCGUGUACAAAUUUUCUCAAAGGACGGAAAAUUCUUGAGAAAAUUCUCUGUGCCAAAACCUUAUGGAGUCACGUUUGAUUCUAAGGAAGGAACCAUUCUUGUUACAAGUGACGACCAUUGUGUCUAUGCAUUUGAUCGAUCAGGAAUGGAAGUUGGAAAAUUCGGAUCCAAAGGCACAGAUUAUGGCAUGUUUUCGUAUCCAACAGGCAUUAUAGUCUCGGAGCCAAAAGAUCAGCACGUGCCUGGUAAAAUUUUUGUUUGUGACCAUCACAACCAUCGUAUUCAGAUUUUUGACAAGUAUGGGUCCUUUAUCAAAUCAUUUGGUACCAAUGGAACUAAUCCAGAGAUGGAGGGAGGCUAUUUCUACGGACCAAACAGUGUUGAUAUUGAUAUUGAUGGCAAUUUGGUGAUUACAGAUCGGUACAAUUCACGUGUACAAGUUUUUACGACAGAUGGUGUGUUUGUUCGCAAAUUUUCAGUCAAGAAAAGUGAAACUCAAAAUUCUGACGGUGACCCAACUGGAAUUUGCUGCUUCAAGAGAAAUAUUGGUCUUAACUAUGCUGCCAUUUGUGACUAUAACAACAAUCGUAUUUCUAUUUGGAAUAUUAGAGAGGGAAUCUUGGUUAAACAAUUUGGAUCUUAUGGCAGUGAGGAUGGUCUUUUUGAUGGACCCAAUGGUGUUGGCUUAACCAGUGACGGCAAAAUAGUUGUUGUCGAUUAUCACAAUCAUCGUGUGCAAAUUUUCAAAUAA